UAUACAGGUGGAGGGUACUUUAUGCCACUCUACACUUUCGAUCAAUUGGGAUUUGGGCGUUGGACAAAUCUUGCUUGUGCUAUUUCGAUCGUGUGAAUAUUAUAAUUUCAAUUUUCACGCCGGGAAGAAAAAGCACCAGGGAUUGGUGAAUUACAGCUCAACAGAUGGUAUAUAGAGUUUGCUUAUCAAAGAAAAACAGAGAGUGUACGUUGUGGUUUGCGAAGAGAGCGGCAGACAAGAGAGAAGCAGAGCUAAUUAGUACGCAGCACACAAGAGAGAAGCAGAGCAUGGCACGCAUGAUCCAUGGGAAUGAUUGAAUGAGCAAAACAAAAAACACAGAGACAACAUAAACUCGAAACAGAGCACACAUACGCCAGCAAAACCAAAAUCAAAGCCCCAAUCUUUCAUUUCCAUAUAUAUCAGUGUUCUUGUUCCCCGCCAAAAUCUGAAGAAAAAAAGACCACAUACUGCAUACCCACACACAGACUGAUCAGGUACUCCGUACUCACUCUCUCUCUCUCUCUGUGACCAGAAAUCACAAGCCCAGAGUCACAUAUUCCUUGUUGUAUUGGAUUGUGCAGUAUUUUAUGUGUGUGUGCAGCUAAGCAGAAAAAACCAGGCUGUCUCUUUUUUUUUUUUGGGUUUUCCUGUUAUUCUCCAUAUGGGAAUACUGCCCUUACCAACAACCUACCAACAAUAUUAUUCCCCCACAAAGCUCCUUUCCUUGUCCUUCAAAACUGGACCACCUUUCAAAUCCCUCCGCCGGCCCUCCCGGUUGGCCCCACCUCGCAUGGAUUCUUCCAUCUCUCCUGUUCGUCGAAAAGACAAGAUCCUCGUCCUUAUGGGGGCCACCGGUACCGGUAAAUCCAGCCUCUCUAUCGACCUCGCCACACUUUUCCCCUCAGAAAUCAUAAACUCCGACAAAAUGCAGGUUUACAACGGUCUCGACAUCACCACGAAUAAAAUCUCCAUUCCCGACCGAUGCAACGUCCCUCACCAUCUCCUAGGCGAGAUUGACCCAGAAGAAGGGGAGUUCAUUCCCUCCAACUUCCGCUCCCUCGCCGGGUUUUACAUUUCGGGUAUUGUUUCACGGGGAAAACUGCCCCUGAUUGUUGGUGGGUCCAACUCGUUCAUUCACGCCCUAGUCGUGGAUCAGUUUAAUGCGGACGAGGACGUUUUUUCUACUGGUUGGAAUUCAAAAUCGAUUUCAACGGAGUUCAGGUACAACUGUUGCUUUAUCUGGGUGGAUGUGUCUUUCCCAGUCUUAUGCGAUUAUCUGGCAAAACGGGUCGACGAAAUGCUUGACUUGGGUAUGUUCGAGGAGCUGGCAGAGUUCUAUAACCCGGGUCGGGUUAAAACCCCAACUGAAACGGGGUUGAGGAAAGCGAUUGGGGUGCCGGAGUUCGAUAGGUAUUUCAGUAAAUACCCACCGAUGAUGGAGCAGAGGGAUGAUGAUUGGGAGUGGUGUCGCAUGCGUAGGGAAGCCUACGAGGAGACGGUGAGGGCGAUAAAAGAGAACACGUAUCAGCUUGUGAAGAGGCAACUGAGGAAAAUCGAACGGCUGAGAGUAGCUGGGUGGGACCUACAGAGAGUUGACGCCACGGAAGCAUUUAGGGAAGUUUUGUUCACGUCAUCCAUGAACAAGAAGCAAAAAAUGAGACCUGAGAACCAGAAGAAUAAGAAGAGCGGCAGGUGGAUUGAAAUCUGGGACAAGGACGUACUGCAGCCAACCGUGAAGAUAGUGAAGCACUUCUUAGAGGAGGAGGAGGAGUAGGUGGUCAUUCAACUUUUGUGAAUGGCGGGGAGACCAAUUUUGGUUCAUUAGGUUCCCCCAGCGGGACUGAGUUAUUGGGUUCUACACAAAUGGCGGAGCUGGAAAAAAACAGAGUAGAUACAAAUUUUGCAGUAUCCUUUUCUUUUUGGGACAAAAGACACAGUUUUGAACUAUAAAUUGCCAUUUUGAACCAUAUUGGUUUUGUUGUGUAGCGUAUAAAAUUGGUGGUAGUAGUAGUACAGUUGUGGGAGGAACAAAAACAAGCAAUAAUAUCUGGAUGAAGAAAAAGCAAGCAAGCCCUCUGUCUCUGUUCUUUCUCCUUUGGUUUUCUACCGUUUCAAGUGAUAUUCCAAGUCACAAUUUCAAGUGAUCCUCUGGUGAGGCCGUGAUGAUGACAUGGAUGGCUGCUGGCUCUUGUGAAUAUUGUCAAGAUUACUAAAUCUACAUUGUAAUUGGGCAGAGCAGGAUUACAAUUAACUGUCCUAAUCAUUCUUAAAGACCCAGCAUAAAUUUAAUAGAUCUUUUAGAUUAUCUUUUUAAGGCUGCGUCACAAUUGAUCAAUCUUGUAAAUACACGUACUAGAUAUUGUCAUUCACUGUAUAGAUAACUUGAAAUAUUAGAACAUUUAUUGUCUGA